GUUGCCCCAAACGGCAGAAACGUGUACGGCGAAGUGCGGUCGACUCGUCGAUGCGCAGCUGUCCCGCCGCGCUUGUCAAUUAUUAGUUUUUCCGAAACGCGUGUGUAAAUAAACAACUUAUUACUUUUCAUUGCGACGAAUGAUGAAGUGAUACAAAUGUUUGUUUUAUAAUCGUGUCGAUUUACAGUGGAGCGUUUGAAUGAAACCGUAACCGCUUCUCGCAAUGACAUGGGAGAGCACUCUGUUACCUUUUGAGAAACCGGAGGCAUUAAAAUGUUUCAUGUGGCCUAACUGAUGCUUUUUUACUAUAAAUAAGUGUAUUUGUUGAUUGUAAGGACUAUUGUGAAUAGUUUAGUGACACUUGAAAGUUUGAAUCGCAGUUUCCGAUUCGGUCGUUUAGUCGUCUACACGUUUAAAAAUGAGUGUUUUAAGUGGUUUGAGUAAGGCUGACAUUAAGACAGCGAGCGAUGGGCUGCUGGAGCUGCCCGAGGAGCGCCUGCACAGCAUCAUGCGCUCGGAGCCCAUCACAGACGUCUACCACGUCGAGCAGACACCCUUCGCAAGGGGCAAAUUCGCGUCAGUCCGCAAACUGCGCCACCUGGUGACAGGCGAGGAGUAUGCAGCCAAGUUCAUCCGCAAGCGGCGGCGCGCUGCGGACACCACACGCGAAAUCCUCCACGAGGUGGCUGUGCUAGCACUCUGCGCGGAUUGCACGCGCGUUGUCAGACUUCAUGAGGUAUACGUUACCCGAUCAGAAGUGGCCAUCGUACUAGAGUUAUGCGCGGGCGGCGAGCUGCAGCGCCUAUUGGACGAAGAGGAGAGGCUUUCAGAAGGCGCAGCACGACGCGCGCUCAGACACGCGCUCGAAGGGCUCGCGCACUUGCACGCGCGGCGCGUCGCGCACCUCGACCUGAAGCCACAGAACCUGCUGCUCACAGCGUCGGGCGAAGAGCUGCUUAUUUGCGACUUCGGCAUCAGCAGAGCGAUACAGCCAGGGGCGCACGUCAGAGAAAUACUUGGCACUAGAGAUUAUGUCGCACCCGAAAUCCUUUCCUACGAGCCGCUAUCCCUAGCGGCCGACAUCUGGUCGGUGGGCGUGCUGGCGUACGUGCUGCUAAGCGGCUACUCGCCCUUCGCCGGCGACACCAAGCAAGAGACCUACCUCAACAUCGCGCAGUGCACGCUCAGCUUCCCGCGCGAGCUGUUCCGCGGCGUGUCGCAGCGCGCCAUCGAGUUCAUCAGGGAGACCCUCGUCGUCGAUCCAAAGGGUCGUCUUACAGUGGAAGAGUGCCUGGAGCACCCCUGGUUGAAAGACGAGUCAGACAUUCCCCGCGCAAUCGUCGGCGUCGGCUUCCCCGAAACCGAGUGUGCGUCCGACACCGGCGACUCGGAUGACGAGGACGGCUCCUGCAACGGGGUCAACGGGGUGAAUGGGGUUAACGGGGUGAAUGGGGUAAACGGGGUGAAUGGGGUCAACGGGGUGAAUGGGGUUAACGGGGUGAAUGGGGUAAACGGGGUGAAUGGACACAGCGGACACAAUGGAUGCAACGGCACUAACGGGACAAAUGGGACGCAUGAUGAGAAAGACGCAGUGUCCUGCGGAGCGCGCGAGCUGCGAGCGUGCGCGGGCGCGCCAGCGUGCACGGUGUCGUGCGCGGUCACGUGCGCAGUCACGUGCGCGGGCGCGGGCAGCGACUGCGGCGAGCGCGACAAGCUGAAGCACGCGCGCGGCCGGUCGCCGCCCGAACCCGCGCCUUCCACGCCUAAGCAGUGGACGGCCGCGCUAACCGCCCGCCUUCUGCAGGUGUCCCGCAAGUCGCACCCGCACCCGCCGUCCGUGCUCGCGCUGUGCAAGAAGUUCCAGCCCGACUACGAGAAGCCGGCGUCGCUGCCGCCGCCGGAACCCGCCGCCGCCGCCGCCGCCGCCGCCGGACCCGCCGGCUGUCUGCGGCCGCCGCCGCGCGCGCGCCCGCCGCCGGACCGCGCCGUGCUCUGCUAACGGCUCCUGUGCUGCCGUCCGCGGUAGCACCCGAUCAAACCGAGCCCCUUUAUGCGCAAAUUGGCAAAUUCGCUAAUUGUCUUGCGGCCGCAAUCUGCCAAAUUCGCAAAAUCACAAGUUUCAAAAAUGUCCAGUGGGGUCUAGACAAAGUGCAAAUUAUAAUCGCAAACCAGUCGAAAAGUGAUCGAAAAGCCCCUUUUUUGUAUGGAGUU